AGCUUUUACCCAUCAUGCUUAGCGUGCAUCUAACCAGGGAAGCCGCUGAACAUUUUAGACGAUGGAAAGAGUAAAGCAGAAUGGCUUCUUACUCAAGUAGACGGAGUACGAGGAAGAGUUUGGAGGCAGAAAGUGUAGAUAAUAAUGGCUACGUCCAGGUGUUCGUUAAACCUUUAAACGAUGGACGUUACGGCUUCAGUCUGGCCUGUUUUGGACUACCACAAUACCGUAUACCGGCGUUGACUUACGGUAUAUGUAUUGUGUGUUUACUCAUCAUCUGUGUGUGUUGUGAUGUGUCGUACGUAAUACAGAAACUGUGCACCUUUCUUGUACCGUUGUUUACAAUCACCUGCGCUUAUUUCUGGCUGGCAUUUACUUAUAGGAAGUCAUUAAAUGCCACAAAUUUCUAUUUUCUUUUCUGCGCCAGCGUAGUGGGUGAAGUUGUAGCAUCCGUUUUCACCGGACGAACACGUUUGAAGGAUUAUUAUUUUAUCGGUAAUUUUAUAAACUAUUUGCUCUACCUAUUCACGGUUACGGGUGCGGCCGUUUUAUCAUCCUUACCGAAAAAUCUAGUGUUUAUGGUGGUGACUUUUAUAUCCGUUUUGAAGUUAUUGGCGUUGACGCUCCUACCCGAUUUGCCUGCAUGUAUUCGAUCGUUUAUUACUUACCUGUGCGGUUUGACCGGUGUUGUGACUGCCAAAUACGUACAGGCCACCCUUUUACCUCCCAUAGCUUCAUUCAUAGCAUCGGAUGGAAGGUUGUUAGCGGCAAGGAAGCAUCGCACCUCUAGCACCGGUGCCGUACAUUUUCUUUAUAAAUCCAGACGCACAUCUCUUCCUACUCUUAAUUCUCACAACAAUCGUAAUGUACAGAGUUCGAAUUCUACUGUGGAUGCAGCAUUGUUGUCCGAAGCCCAUGGUUUAGUGACAGACAUGUUAGCCGAUUCAUCUCUCCCGCCCCACGUCACUAGUGGAUUAAGGGCCCUUGCCUCCCUAUUAAAUACUCCAAACCAUCUUUCCACUCAUCACAGACCUAGACUAGUCGGAACAAGUGUUUCUUUAUCUGAUUUUAGCUCUGGUUGUGAUGCAGAAGAGAUACCUUUUACGGGUGAAAGGCCUACAGGUUUACCAAAGAGAUUUCGAAGAAACUUACCUCCAAGCCUACUUCGUCGAAUGUCUACGAGUAUGUGGACAACAACUACUUCAGCUACGGGUCUUCCUACUCUCGAACCAGAACCUUGCAGGAAACGAAGCACGAGUUUCCGGAAUUCUUCUGAUAUAAGUCCUACUAACAAUCAAUCAUCAGGACAUAUAAUAUCACCAAAGAAAUCUACUCCUGCAGAAAUUACUUCUAAGGGUAGAUCAUUCUCCACAACAUCUCUUCCUGGAGCUUGGGGUUCCCGUCGAAGUUCUCGCGAGAGGAAGACCGUUUGUAGUCUUCAUCCUCUGACUCCGAGUGAAUUAGCCGGACUUCAGGAUGCCGCUCAACAGAGCAGCGCUGGAGAAACGGAAGACGAAGCAAGUCAUCCUCUACCACCUCUUCCUUCUAUUAAAAGAGUUAACAUUACUUCCGAUUACGAGAGCAGUAACGAUUCACCCAGCGGAAGCGAGAGUAACGUUGGUGACGAUGCGGAUGUCUCUAGUAAACAUCCGAGGACUCUAGGAAUACAAACCACCAACGAAUUGUUUAGAUGUGCGGUGUGUGGUACCUUAGCACGUUCACCUCAGUUUCUAGAAAGAGAUGAUGUGACACCAACACCGUCUGCUGAAGUUCCCGAGGCAAUGAAAAUACAAUCGCCAGUAGAAAACGAUUAUAUUAUCGAUCUAGAAAAGUACAACUUAGAGAAGUUAGUCUGUGAUCCAUUGCUCAAUCGUAUUCACGAAUGGGACUAUCCGAUUUUCGAUCUCCAACAGGAAGCGGGUGAUCGAAUUUUAAGUCAGAUGUGCUAUCGCGUCUUCCUAGAAGUGGGCCUCUUUGAAACUUUCAAGAUUCCGGUACAAGAAUUUAUAAAUUACUUCCACGCUUUAGAAAAUGGUUAUAGAGAAAAACCAUAUCAUAAUCGCAUGCACGCUGCCGAUGUACUACAUGGUGUGUAUUAUCUCACGUCACAACCAGUACCUGGCUUGACCCAAAUACCGUCGGAAUCUUCAGAUUCACCUCUCCACAAAUCAGCUAAUACAGCAUGUCGUCAAGGCUUUACAAUAGACGAUUCCUAUGGUAUCAUGGGAGCAAAUUUUCCGGCUCUGGAAUUAAUGGCAUUAUAUGCAGCCGCUUCCAUGCACGAUUACGAUCAUCCCGGUAGAACGAAUGCCUUUCUGGUAUCUACUUACGCUCCUCAAGCAGUUCUGUAUAAUGACCGUUCCGUUCUGGAAAAUCAUCACGCCGCUGCAGCUUGGUGUCUUUUCUUAUCUCGUCCCGAAUUCAACUGGUUAUGUCAUUUGGAGAAAGCAGAAUUCAAACGUUUUCGUUUCUUAGUCAUCGAGUGUAUCCUGGCAACAGAUCUCAAGAGGCAUUUCGAGAUUUUAGCCGAAUUCAAUGCUAAAGCUAAUGAUGAUGAAGCUCCAGGCAUUGAUUGGUUAUCGGAAACUGACAGGAUGCUUGUUAUGGAAAUGUGCAUUAAGCUAGCAGAUAUUAAUGGACCAUGUAAAAAGUAUAAUAUUCAUAAACAGUGGACUUACAGGAUUGCAGAGGAAUUUUAUGAACAGGGCGAUGAAGAAUCAGCAUUAGGAUUACCCAUUUCUCCAUUCAUGGAUAGGAAGAAUCCUCAAUUGGCUAAGCUACAAGAAUCUUUUAUUAAUCACUUAGUUGCACCAUUAUGUAAUGCUUAUGGUGAAGCAGCAUUGUUACCUGGCCAAUGGGUAGAAAAUUCCGAAAGUGAAGACGAAGGACCGAUUGAUACAGAUCAGGGAGACACGUCAGAUGGAAAGGAGGACGAGGAAGUCGUCGAUAGCGAUUCCAGUAUCCCAAGUGUCGUUUCUACAAGAAGACGAACCAGCGUCCAAAUGAAACAGAGGAAUGUGUUUUGUCUUCAAACUAAGCAUCUCCAGGAAAAUUACGAAUAUUGGAUUAAUAUCCUGAAGGAGGAAGCUAAAGCCAAGGAGAGAGAGAACGGUCUGUGUUUAUCUAAAGAAGAGACCACGCCAAUCAUUGAACAGGAGAUUAAAAUGCCAUCUGAAGAAAUGGAGACAAUCCACGAAGAAGAAGGAAAUAAAAUUUCCAGCUAACAUUAGAAAUUCGGAUAUUCAAUUACAAACGCUAAUUGGGCACUUUGAAGAGAGAAUACUUCAAAUUAUGAUAAGGAUCUUCACUUUGGAGAAGAUGGCGAUGUAAAUUUUAGAUUUAAUUUUUCUUAUCCUUUUUUUUUACUAUUAUUAUUAUCAUUACUAUUAUUAUUACUUUAUUUUCUCGAUAGAAGAUAUACCUAGUGACAUUUUUACCAAUUUAAACGAUUUAACUUACUCUUAACACGCGAGGAAUACACAUCACCACCAAUUUUUUUUAGUUUUAAUUCUGCAUUUUUUUAAAGACAUUCCUUAAAAACAUAUAUAUUUGUUUUUAUUAUUAUUUCGAGAAAUAUAUCUAAAAAAACAACAGAAAUUAUUUUCAAUUUUUUGUGGAAAUUGUAUGAGCUAGCAAUGUAAUUUUAUUACUAUUUUUUUUCAUUUUCUUCUUCGUCUUUGGAGAGAUCCAAUUCUCAAUAAGUUCCUUGCUCGCUGCGAGUUAACCAUAGUGAGUUGCGUGAACUGAAAAAUUUUAUAUUAUAUAUAUUUUAUUAUUUUUUUUAUUUUUUAAGUUUAGUUUUCUCGUCGUAUGUGAUGUUAAAAGUGCCAUUUUUUUAAAUUUAAAUACUUAAGUUUUUAUUUAUUAUUUUCCAUCCAACAAUCUACUUAAUUGUUUAUAACAGAAAAAAACACAAGAUGAUUAUUAAAAAAUACAUUUAUUUGGUGCUUCUUAAUUAUCAGAAUUUAAUUUUUUAAUAUAUAUAUUGUUUCUGUUGUAAAAUAAAACACUGUAGAAAUUUGUACAUUUAUAUAAAUGAAAAACAAUACAGAAAUGGUUAUGGAUGCCAAGAAAUGUGCAGAGUUUAUCAAACUAUUAUUAUUAUUUUAGUUCAUUUUUUAACUGUUUCAUUGCAAAGAAAGGAUUAUAUUUUGCUUUAACUCGUUUAAAAAUAAUAUAAAGAAAAAAAAAAUACAUGAAAUUAUCAUUCUCAAUGUAAAAGUAUAUAUAUAUAUAUAUGUAAAGUUAUUUAUUAAGAAAAAAAAAUUAUAAAUUCUGUAUGUUGUAUGUGAAGUUUUAUCUUUCAGUUUUUAUAGGAAAAUGGUCGUAAAUGUUAUAAUCGAGAGCGAUAUUUGCGAUUGAGUUUAGGCGUUUCUGUGCGCAAAAUUUAUAAAUAAAAAUAAAAGAAAGUAAAAAAAAAAAAAAAUUGUUUCGUAAAAUCUACUUAAAAAGUUUUCCAUUCCGUUAAAACAUUCU